AUGGGGAACCCCAAGCCAGGAACGGCCGCCCACGCGAAGAAGAAGGCGCGCAACGCCGCCUACAACGCCCGCAAACGCGCGGAGAAGAAGGCCGCCGCCCUCGAGGCGGUGGUCGAGCCUUACACGAGGAAGAUCGCGCGGCUGGAACACAGGGUGGACUUGGUGCGCGACCACAGGCAAGACUUCUGGGAGCAGCUGCAGAAGACGAAGGACUUUCAGAGGGGGGGGCACUUCGAAAAGCGACAGAAAGACGCCCCUAGGAGGAGCACGCUGAGCGUGAAGCAUCGCCGCGGCGAUGCCGUGCGCUUUAACUCGCGCGGGCCUCGCUACGAUUGCGGAUGCGACACUUGCAACGGCGACGAGGUGUCGGCGGUGAAGGGCACCAUUUUGGCGGGUACGCCCACGAGCCUAUGGAUGAACAAGCCCGACGCCUUCGUGAUGUGGUGUUUCGACUACAGCCUUGGCACGCUCAAGGACCGGGUCGGCGUUGACGCCCACGCAACUGUGGAGCGCUGGAUUCAGACGUUUGAAGAGGGCGUCGAGGAGCACAUGGCCAGGAAGAUGGACUCUGGGAGAAUUUUCGCAGACCUGCUCGGCGGCGGCCCGCGCAAGCGCCCCGCUGCUGCGAAAGCUGCGCCGAAGCGUCGGGCCAAGCGCUCGGCGAAGAGUCGUCCAGCCCAGGCGGGCGUCAAGAAGCGGCCUGUCAUGAAGCGCCCCGCGCGGUCCAGGCUCCCUGCUGCCCGAACCAGGAAGGUCAUCCUGCAGGUGGACGAGUCCUUCCUGAACAAGGGCAAGCUGUCCAAGCUGGCGAAGAACGCAAGGCCGAAAAAAGACAAGCUAUGGCUUUGGGGCGCCGUCGUGCAGGGUUCGCCGCACCUGUUCUGCUUCAAAGUAUUGAAGUCUGUCGAGGAUGCUUACGACGGCAAGCCCAGGGGCCAGCAGGAGCUGUUGGAGAACUUCAAGGAGCUGUCGCCUCCCGCUGGCGUCGCCAUCGUCUCGGACAAGUGGAGGGGGAACAUCGCGCCUGUGAAGCAGUACCGCAAUGACGCUGGCCUCACCGAGCGGAUGCUCCCGCACGAGCUAGUGAACCACAGCGCUGGCGAGAUCACGAACGAAAGAGGGUUCACUACCAACCACGUAGAGCUCCAAUUGUCAUUGGUCAAGCGGUGGAUCAGGAAGCGCUACGGCGGGACGUUGCCCAAGAAGGCCGACAGGAAGAAAUGGUCGAGGCUCCUUGCCGAGCACAGGUCCCGCACCCACAUCAAGGCCAGUGGGCAGAAGGUGAGUUUCGCGGCGCUGGCAGCUGCGUUCCAGGCGUGGUGA